UUCCCUGGUAUCUCUCUGUAUUCUCUUUUGUGCCCUGUCCCCCCUAGUCGGGCACAGUGGCGGACAUGGAGUUGUGGAGGCAAUGUGCCCGAUGGCUGAUUGACUGCCGAGUGCUCCCUCCGAAUCAUCGUGUGACACUAGACACCGCCCAGGUAUGCGACCUGGCCCAAGCCUUACGAGAUGGGGUCCUACUCUGCCAGCUUCUCAACAACCUGAUGCCUCACAGUCUCAAUCUUGGCGAAAUCAAUGUGCGGCCCCAAAUGUCACAGUUCCUGUGUUUGAAGAAUAUCAGAACAUUUCUGUCCACCUGCAGUGAGAAGUUUGGGAUGCGUAGGGCGGACCUGUUUGAGGCUUUUGACCUGUUUGAUGUCAAAGAUUUUGGCAAGGUUAUCAACACUCUGUCUAUGUUAGCCUGGACUCAGAUUGCUCAGAGUAAAGGGUUUAUGCCAUUUCCUACUGAAGAUCUAGAAAAUGAUGAUGACAUUUACAGUGGUCUCUCUGAUCAGAUUGAUGACACAGGGGAGGAAGAUGAAGAUCUCUAUGACUGUGUUGAUAUGGAUGAAGAGGAAGGCAAUGAAAUAUAUGAGGUUCUCAUGAAUGAUGACCAUCCAGCUCCGCAAAAAGAUGGGAAAAUGACUACAGACGAUAUGAAAAGAUGCUGCCUCCAGGAACUGUACCAGACAGAGGAGAAAUACACAGACACACUUGGAUCCAUCUGUCAGGAUCUAAGAAGACAUCAUCAAGACUUUCUGGCACAAAUGAAGUUAUGCAUCUCACCCAAGAACACCCAGAACUUGCAUCAAGUAUUUAUCCGCAAUAAGGAGAAGUUUUUAAUUUAUGGUCCAUAUUGUAGUCAAGUGGAAUCUGCCUCUAAAACAUUGGAACAGACAUCACAGGUCCAUGAGGAUGUCAGGAUGAAGCUUGAGGAAUGUUCUCAGAGAGCAAACAAUGGUCGGUUCUCCCUACGGGAUUUGCUGAUGGUGCCCAUGCAACGAGUUUUGAAGUAUCAUCUUUUGCUCCAGGAACUGGUAAAACACACAGUGGAGCCAACAGAGAAGGAGAACCUAAAGCAGGCACUGGAUGCCAUGAGGGAUUUGGCCCAGUGUGUUAAUGAGGUGAAAAGGGACAAUGAGUCGUUGAAGCAGCUUACCACCUUCCAGUUAUCUAUUGAACAUUUGGCAGAAUCCCUUGCACUAUAUGGAAGACCAAAGACAGAUGGUGAAUUGAAGAUCAUUACUUCAGAGAAAAAGUCAAAACUGGACAGGUAUGCCUUUCUUCUGGAUCAGGCACUGCUAAUAUGUAAGAGGAAAGGUGAUACAUAUGACCUGAAGGAAUUUAUAAGACUUCAGAAUUAUGAAAUCCGUGAUGACCCCAGUGGGGAUCGAGACAAUAAAAAGUGGUCUCACAUGUUCUAUCUGAUUGAUGCCCGAGCCUGCCUAGGAUAUGAACUGUAUUUCAAGACAAGAGAACUAAAAAAGAAGUGGAUGGAGCAAUUUGAAAUGGCUGUAUCCAACAUUCAUCCAGAACAUGCUCAUGCAAAUGGACAUGAUUUUCAAAUGCAUUCAUUUGAAAGCACAGCUACAUGCAAAGCCUGUCAAAUGCUCUUAAGGGGAAUAUUCUUCCAAGGAUACAAAUGUUCCAGUUGCAGAGCUCCUGCUCACAAGGAAUGCUUGGGCCGAGUGCCAUGCUGUGGGAAGAAAGCGGAUUCCUUUGGGAAAGCUUUUGACAUCAGUGAAAAGGGUUGCACACCGCCAAGUAACAGAUCAGACGUAGGUCUUACGAAGAUGGAAACAUGUCAGGAGUACUUCGGAAUUCCUCCACCACCUAUUGCAUUUGGCCCACCACUAAAAAUGCAAAAAGGGCAUGUCAUAGAGCUGACAAAAGCAGAAGCUGAGCAGAACUGGUGGGAGGGUCGCAAUACCUCCACUAACGAGAUUGGUUUCUUCCCAUGCUGUCAUGUGAUUCCUUAUAUAUGUCAUCCAGUACCUGAUCUCUCACUAUAUUCCUGGUACGCUGGUGCCAUGGAAAGAAAAGAAGCAGAAAUGUUAUUGUCCAAUCGUUCUGAUGGGACUUUCUUGGUCAGACAGAGAUUAAAAGACUCAGGGGAAUUUGCAAUAAGUCUCAAGUAUAACCAGGAAAUAAAGCACAUGAAAGUAACUGUUCAGGAAGGAAUAUGGAGACUCACAGAGAAGAAAGGCUUCAAGGGGCUUCCAGAAUUGGUUGAGUUUUACCAACAUAACUCAUUAAGAGAUUGCUUUAAGCUUCUGGAUACAAUGCUACAGUUCCCUUUCAAAGAACCAGAGAAGAAAGAAAACGCUAGAAUGGCAGCAGAGGAUAAGAGGGUGAAGUACUUUGGAUCAGCCCGAGCACGUUAUGACUUCUGUGCAAGAGACAGAACUGAACUGAGUUUGAAAGAAGGGGAUGUCAUCAGGAUACUCAGCAAGAAAGGACACCAAGGGUGGUGGAAAGGAGAAGUUUAUGGAAAGAUCGGUUGGUUCCCCUCAAAUUAUGUUGAUGAUGACUUUUCGGAGUACUGCUAAAUGAUUUUUAAAUCACCAUUAGGAUACGCAGACUGAGUGAAACUACUGAAAAUAGAAUAAUUAUUUUGUAAAGUAUUUAAGGACUUGCUGUAACGACAUGCAUGUGGAUCAAACUUCUUUGUGAAAUCACUAUUAGGAGGAUCUUGAAGACAUUUUCCUAUUGCGGUCAUUCAGCUAACGCCUUGGACUUCUAGGAACAUCAUCAAGUUAUACUUUUUCGUCUAAAGUGCUUUACAUUGUUUUAGUUAUAAGCUGACUUA